AUGGCCUGAAAAAUGGAGCUGGUAAGAUAAAACCAACUUGCUCUUAUUGUAAAAAACGUGGCCAUGUUAUAGCAAACUGUUUUCUGCUUAGUAAGAAAAAUGCGUCUCCUAAAGCAGUCACGUUGCUGAAGUCGCCGCCUGCGCCCAUGUCUGGUGAGGUGCGUAAAACAGAUUUGAAUAUCUAUUCGCCUUUCCUUAUGAAAGGUGAAGUCUCUGUUGCGGGUGGUGAAAAAGUGCCUGUCACUAUAUUGAGGGACACAGCAGCUUCUCGAUCCAUCAUUUUAAACAGCGUUUUGCCUUUAUCUGAUGAAACGUCUCUAAAUUCUUUUGAGUUGGUGCAAGGUUUUGGGAUGAAAUUUGUGAAUGUGCCUCUCCAUCGUGUUCAUUUGAAGUCUGAGCUAUUGUCUGGUGAGGUUGUGUUGGCAGCAAGUCCUGUUUUUCCUAUUAACGGUGUUGAUCUUCUUUUGGGAAAUGAUUUYGCUGGAGGUAAAAUUCUGGUUAAUCCAGAYGUUACAGCAGUUCCAGUUUUUUCUGACGGCCCAGAUGAGUUGCAGAUAAAAUUUCCCAAACUGUUUCCCAUGUGCGCCAUUACGCGCGCCAUGGCACAUAACAGCGCCAAGUCAGACGCUGAUGCUGUGGUUAACCUGGAGGACAGCUUCAUGUCYGAUUUAUUUUUAGAUCAGGACAGCCAUUUAGAUUCAGUGAAUGCUCCAGUGACGUCAUCACAUUCACCGCCUCAGACCUCUCCUCCCGACAAAACCCCAGAUGACUUAAAGUCUCGAGAGAACCUGAUUUUAGAACAAAGUCAGGAUCCCUCUCUCAGUUCUCUGUUCAGUCGUGUUCUGUCACAUGAGGAAAUUAAAAAUGUGCCAGUUGGAGUUUUUUGCAAAGACGGCAUUUUAAUGAGAAAGUGGACCCCACCGCAUGCUUCUGCGGAGGAUGACUGGUGUGUGGUUAAUCAGAUUGUGGUUCCACAAAAACUCUGUCCUUCAGUGCUGAGUUUAGCUCAUGAUAAUUUCAUGGCUGCUCAUUUAGGGGUGAAUAAAACUUAUGACUGCAUUUUGCGGCAGUUUUUUUGGCCAGGAUUAAAAAGUGAUGUGAAGAACUACUGUAAAACUUGUGGUGUGUGUCAAAUUUCAGGAAAACCAAACCAGAAAAUUCCACCUUAUCCUUUUCACCCUGUUCCUGCUGUGGAUGGUCCUUUUGAUCAAGUGUUGGUGGAUUGUGUUGGUCCUCUUCCACGCACAAAGUCUGGUAACAAGUUUUUGUUAACAAUAAUGUGUGCAGCAACAAGGUUUCCUGAGGCGAUUCCCCUGCGUAAAAUAACUGCGCCAACAGUCCAUUAAAACUCCUGAAGGAGAAAUGGAUGCGCAGCGAGUCACAAAACCUUCUUGAUUACGUCAGCG